AUGCAUUAUCGGCUUGGACGUAUACUUCGUUUAAUUAUUGGACUUGCGCUUCUUAUUUUUAUUGUGCCUUUUCUUAUGUCCAAACUUGAUUCUGGUACUAAUCAAUCAAUAGUUGAAGAAAAUAAAGUUGAUUAUUCAAAUAGCAACAAAGCUAAUCGAGAAGCUUCUAAAGUUCGAAAUCCAUCAAAAAGUGAUAGUUUACAACCAAGAAUGAGUAAUUCACUAGGAAAUUAUGAACCAAAAGAUAGACCACUACAAUCAGGUCCAGGCGAAGGAGGUGUUCCUGUAAGAGUUUCUUCUGCAGAAGAACAAGAAGCACAACGAACGAUAGCUCAAUAUGGUUUUAAUAUGGUUGCUUCCGAUAAAAUAUCCAUGGAUAGACAAAUUAAAGAUACAAGACCAGAUGAAUGUAAAUAUUGGAUAUAUCCUGACGUACAACACUUACCAACAGCUUCUAUAAUAAUUGUUUUCUUCGAUGAAGGUUGGAGUGUUUUAUUACGUACUGUACAUAGUGUAAUUAAUACAUCACCAAAAGAAUUACUUAAAGAUAUAAUUCUAAUCGAUGAUGGUAGUAGUGAUCCUGCUCUACUUGAACCAUUAGAAAAAUAUAUUCAACGUUGGACUGGUCUUGUUAAGCUUUACCGAACUGGAAAACGUAUCGGUUUAAUUGCAGCACGUACAAUUGGUGCAGAAAAAUCGACUGGUGAUGUUAUUAUUAUACUUGAUGCUCAUUGUGAAUGUGUUGUUAAUUGGCUUCCACCGUUAUUAACACGUAUUGCAAUUAAUCGUAAAGCAUUAGCUGUUCCUAUAGUUGAUGGAAUCGAAUGGAACACUUUAGAACAUACAAAUAUAUAUGGUUCAACAAAUUUUCGAGGAAUUUGGGAAUGGGGAUUUCUAUAUAAAGAAACUGAAGUACCAGAACAAGAAUUAAAAAGAAGAAAAUAUUCAUCCGAACCUUAUUGGUCGCCAACACAUGCUGGUGGUUUAUUAGCUAUUGAUCGUCAGUGGUUUUUUGAAUUAGGUGCUUAUGAUCCAGGUAUAAGAGUAUGGGGAGCCGAACAAUAUGAAUUAUCAUUUAAAGUUUGGCAAUGUGGUGGUGUUGUUGAAUGGGUACCAUGUUCUCAUGUUGCACAUGCAUAUCGUGGUCCACGAAGUCAUUCAUCUCAUAUACCGGAUACAAGUCCAUAUCAAACAUCUAUAAAUCAUAUACGUUUAGCUGAAGCAUGGAUGGAUGAAUAUGCUGAAUAUUAUUAUAUACGUGAACCAGCUAUUCGUAAAUUAGAUUUUGGUGAUAUAUCAGAACGUAAACAAUUAAGAAAUAAAUUACAAUGUAAACCAUUUAAAUGGUUUAUGGAAAAUAUUGCUUAUGAUGUUUUACAAAAAUUUCCACCACCACCAAAAAAUGUCGUUUGGGGAGAAUGUAAGAAUGUUCAACAUUCAGUUUGUUUAAAUGAUCGAGGAGCUUCAUUUGGUCAACCGAUUGGUGUUAGUGGUUGUUAUAGACAACAAGUUUGGCGUUUAAAUGAAGAAGGUGAAAUAUCAUCCGGUGAACAUUGUUUUAUAUCUGAUCAUGAUAUAGUUAAAAAGAAGUUUUGUUUGGAUCAUCAUGGUCGAUGGAAUCCAGUUGGUGAAUGGCAAUAUGACAACGUAACGAAUGAAAAAGAUAUUUCUUAG